AGAGAGAGUGCACUUGGAGCAGAGUUUCGCUCUGGAAUUCUCCCAGGGAGCCAUGUGAGUGCCCGGUCAUCUGCAGCCAACGUCUGAAGAAACGAACUACCACAGAGGUGUAUCUGCUCAGUUGUGAAAUAACUUUAUUAGCCGUGUUAUUUUGUUAAAACCCUGGACUAUACAUUGAUUGAAACACACGAGCUUCAAACCUUUGCCUGUUAUGGACAUGGUCCUGCUGGAGUCGCAGAAUUUCUCGGCGCUUGUCACUGCCCUCACCUCCGUUCUCUCUGUGCUGCUGCUGCUCGCCGUCUCCAGGCAGCUGUGGACCUUCCGCUGGACCAUCACGCGGGACAGAGAGUCCAAACUACCUCUUCCCAAAGGCUCAAUGGGAUGGCCGAUCGUGGGAGAAACGCUGCACUGGCUGGUUCAGGGGUCCAACUUUCACAUCUCUAGGAGGGAGAAGUACGGAAACGUGUUCAAAACUCACCUGUUAGGAAAGCCUGUGAUACGCGUGACAGGCGCCGAGAACAUCCGCAAGAUUCUGCUUGGAGAGCACAGCCUGGUGUGCACACAGUGGCCCCAGAGCACCCGAAUCAUUCUGGGACCCAACACUCUGGUGAACUCCAUUGGAGACCUCCACAGACAAAAAAGAAACAUCUUGGCUAAAGUGUUCAGCCGCGGCACCCUGGAGACAUAUGUCCCGCGGCUGCAGGAUGUUGUCAAGUGUGAGGUUUCCAAAUGGUGCUCGGACCCCGGCUCUGUGGAUGUGUACAGUGCGUCCAAAGCGCUCACGUUCCGCAUUGCCAUCCGGGUCCUGCUGGGACUCAGCAUAGAGGAGAGCCACAUGGACUACUUGUCCAAGAUAUUCGAGCAGCUCAUGAACAACCUGUUCUCUCUGCCCUUCGAUGUCCCACUGAGCGGCCUUAGAAAAGGUAUCAAGGCUCGUGAGAUUCUCCAGAAGUGCAUGGAACAGAUAAUUAAAGAGAAACUGCAAAAGCAGCAAGUGGAAGACAAGGAUGAGGAGCACAUGGAUGCUUUUGACUACAUGCUGAGCAGCGCUAAGGAGAACGGCCAUGAAUUCAGCGUGCAGGAGCUCAAGGAGACUGCAGUAGAGCUGAUAUUCGCCGCCCACUCGACCACGGCGAGUGCCUCCACCUCCCUCAUCCUGCAGCUCCUGAAACACGCAUCCGUGUGUGAGAAAGUCCGCUUGGAGCUGCUCGCGCACGGGGUGGCCGGGGACGCUCUGCGCGCACGGAGCGCGCGAGACAACGCUGAGAACCCGGUCGAACGGACCCCUCGAUCACGUGACAAUGACAUCAUAAGUGCGCGGAGAGAGAGCGCGGAGCGCAGCCAGCGAUCGAGUUGUGGUGUGCCAUAUUUAACUCUGAAGAAAGUGGGUGAGCUAAGUUACCUCGACUGCGUGGUGAAAGAAGUGCUCCGGUUCCUUCCUCCUGUGUCUGGCGGGUACAGGACGGCCCUGCAGACCUUCGAGUUGGACGGUUGUCAGAUUCCAAAAGGAUGGAGUGUUAUGUACAGCAUCCGGGACACCCAUGAGACUGCUGCAGUCUAUCAGACUCCAGACCUCUUUGACCCAGACCGUUUUGGACCUGAGAAGAAUGAAAACAAGUCUGAGCGUUUCAGCUACAUUCCAUUUGGUGGUGGAACAAGGAGUUGCAUCGGAAGGGAACUGGCUCAGAUCAUUCUGAAAACACUGGCAAUUGAACUGCUCGCCACCACUGAAUUUGAGCUAGCCUCCAAAACAUUUCCAAAGAUGCAAACAGUGCCAGUUGUACAUCCUGUCGGUGGACUGCAUGUUUCUUUCAAAUACUUACAUUCUGGUAACAGUACAACCUAGAAGCAGUGUACCAAAAUGUAAUCAUUGUGUAAGAUGUUAAAUUAAUUUUUUGUAUUAUUUUCAAGACUUAAACACUUUUAAGUUAUUUUAAUUGUGAUUAUGUGUACGACAUACACUUUCAUGGUAAACAUGCAAUUCUUCACUGAGCCUGACAAAUCUAGAGAAUUCAGUAUUUUCAAGAAAAUUUACUAGCAUGGGCACAUCAGUGAUGUGAUGGCCAGGCUGUAAACUGGAUAUGACAUGUGAUGUUGACAUGAUAUUGUAGGUCUGAUGUGAUGGUGGAGAAGUCAGGCAAAGAAACUUAAAGA